AUGGGCGAUAACGGCAAUCCGAACAUGGCUGCUCAGUUGCAGCAGCUUCAGCAGCAGAUCGAGCAGAUGCGGAAGGCUCAACAAGAUAGAGAACCGCAACCACGUGCUAUUGGAGACAAGGACAAUCCGCAUACCUUCUAUCAAAACCGGUCUGCGAUUGUCCCUCCAAACAACUUUGAGGAGAUAUGCAGCACGACUGGUUCGAAUGGAGUACCGGCUGACUUUCUGAAGUGCAAGCUAUUCCCGUUCUCACUUGCCAACAAAGCAUCUCGCUGGCUGAAGUCAUUACCACCUGGGUCUUUGACUUCAUGGGACCAAGUUAGAGCGCGUUUCUGGACCACUUCUACACGAAGUCCAAGAAUGCAGCUCUGA